AACACAUGAUACAGAUUAGAUGAAUUUCUAAUCCAAGUCAAGAUGUCAUGUGUCAUUUUAGCCACACGGUGAUGCUCUCACGCUCCUUUAUGAAUCAUUUUUAGGGACAGUUUUGCUUUUGUACUAAUAUGUUUAUGAAGGUUAGCGCUUCAACAUAGGUCGUCAGGACAGUAAGUACCUGAACUUCAAAUAUAGUGUUAUAUCUGCAGUCUUAAGAUCUUGAGGUGUUUUUAAACAUAGAAGACAAUGAUAAAAUGGUCUUAAAUUCAAUUUAAAUGGAAUCAUUUUACUACAUCUGUGUUUAUGUAUAAGGUAUGGCGGUUAAUAGGCCUAUAUAUUGUUUCUUAAAGGAAUACUCCUCCCAAAAAUGAAAUUUCUGUCAUCAUUUACUCACCCUCAAGUCAAAUUUCUUCGUUCUGAUGCGCACAAAGAAAGAUAUUUGGAAAAAUGUCAGCAACUGACAGUUCUGGGACAUCAUUGACUACCAUAGUUAGAAAAAUUAUUAUUAUUUUUUUGUUGUUUGUUCUGUUGAACACAAAAUUAGAUAUUUUGAAGAAUUUAGGAAAGCAAACAGUUCUAGGGCACCUUUGACUACCAUUUAAAAUUUUCCUACUAUGGUAGUCAUCCCUUUAACCGUGGACCCCGGGCGCACUGUGCAUUUACAAAAUUCAAUCUUACCUCAAGGUGACCUAAAAUAAUUGUAAAUAAAUGAAACAAACCAUAGGCCUACUUUAAGAUGUAAAAAUCGCGAUUUUCUGACUUAUAAAGACUAUACAUUUUUCUAGUUAAGUUUUGAAGUAAAAAAGAUAGACUUAUUUAUAGGACGUUUAACCAGCAGUGCGCACGUUCGUUGACGCUACAGACAGAAUCGACGAGACAUAUAUGGUCUUCCUCUCUCGUGACGCAGUUCGUGUAGAGGCUCGCGCGCGGGCGCUGAGAUAUAAAACAGGAGACGCGCCGGCACAACAGUUCAGUACACACAGUAACAAAAGCCAUGGAGACACUGAGGAAUAUCUCUUAUCCAUCAAUAGCGAGCCACAACGAAAAAAUGUGUGAGCUCAAUAAAAUAAGUGAGCAAGGAUGGAAAAAGGCAGAAGAUAACAGCCGGACGGGCACAGAGUAUUCAAGAAUCAUUACAGAUCCCAACACUGGAAAAUGUUACUGCCGGGGGAAAGUUCUGGGAAAGGGAGGCUUCGCAAAGUGCUAUGAGAUGACCGACCUGUCUUCAAGUAAAGUCUAUGCAGCCAAAAUCAUCCCGCACACGCGCGUGUCCAAACCGCACCAGAGAGAAAAGAUAAACAGAGAGAUCGAUCUGCACAGAUCUCUAAUCCAUAAACACAUAGUGCAUUUCUAUCACCACUUUGAGGACAAAGACAACAUCUAUAUUCUGUUGGAGUAUUGCAGCAGAAGAUCGCUGGCCCAUAUACUGAAGGCACGAAAAGUCGUAACGGAACCAGAGGUGAGGUAUUACCUGAAACAGACGGUGUCUGCUUUAAAAUACCUUCACGAUCAAGAGAUUCUGCACCGAGACUUGAAACUAGGCAACCUGUUUGUGACUGACUCAAUGGAGCUUAAACUGGGAGAUUUUGGGCUGGCUGCCAAGCUAGAGCCGGUGAGCAACAGGCGCAGAACAAUCUGCGGUACGCCCAACUACCUGUCGCCGGAAGUUCUGAACAAACAGGGUCAUGGAUGGGAGUCUGACGUGUGGGCUCUGGGCUGUGUCAUGUACACCAUGCUGACCGGCAAACCUCCAUUUGAGACCACUAACCUGAAGGAGACGUACCGAUGUAUCCGAGAGGCACGUUACACUAUCCCCCCCACCCUCUCUCUCCCCGCCAAACAGAUCAUCUCCAGCAUGCUCGCGCAGGACCCCGUGGACCGCCCGCACCUGGAUGACAUCAUGCGGCACGAUUUUUUCACCCAGGGCUUCAUGCCAGAAACCCUCCCUGUCAGCUGCUGUCACUCCGCUCCGGACUUCCACAUUUCCAGUCCAGCCAAGAGCUUCUUCAAAAAGGCAGCUGCUGCUCUUUUCGGCGGAAAAAAGGACAAAGCCAAGUAUUAUGAAAACAUAAAUCGGUUAGCCAAAGAAGAGGAGGACAUCUUCAAGCUCCGUCAAGACCUUAGAAAAACCACCAUCAGCAAUCAGAUAACUACGCACUUAUCCGAGGAAGUAGGAACUCCGUCAGCACCUACAAGAAAGCCCGUUACCCAGGCAACUGCCGGAAGCCCGCAGACAAGAGAUACCAUUCACUUGAUUGUUAGAGGCAGCCUGGGCAGCUGUAGUAGCAGCAGUGAAUGUCUUGAAGACAGCACCACCGGUACUGUGGCCGAAGCUGUUGUUAGUGUGUUGAGGGGCUGUCUGGAACACAUGCCCAAAGCUGACAGCCUGCCUAGAGGAAACGGUUGUAAUAGCUUGAAGUGGGUGACUAAGUGGGUGGACUAUUCCAACAAAUAUGGCUUUGGUUAUCAGUUGUCUGAUAACACGGUGGGCGUCCUUUUCAACAAUGGAACGCACAUGAGUCUCCUCUCUGACAAGAAGACUGUUCAUCAGUAUGCUGCUCUGGGCCAGAAGGCUGUUUUCUCUGUUCUUGAUGCUCCUGAGUGUGUUGUCGCCCAGGUCACCAUCCUCAAGUACUUUUCUCACUACAUGGAAGAGAAUUUGAUGGAUGGUGGGGAUGUGAUAAGUGAGCCUGACACCCAGAAGACCAGAAUAUAUCUUCUACAGUGGCUGAAAUCGGACAGAGCUUUACUGAUGCUUUUCAACGAUGGCACUUUCCAGGUGAACUUCUACCACGACCACACCAAGCUCAUCCUGUGCACGCAACAGGAGGAAUACCUGCUUACGUACAUCAACGAGGAACGAACGUCCACCACCUUCAAACUGAGCGAGCUGCUUGCCGCGGGCUGCACCUCAGAUCUGCGCAGCCGUCUCGAGUAUGCAUUGAAUAUGCUGCUGCAGCGCUGUAGCUGAGAACAGUUAGAACCGAUGGAGAACCGACAGCUUCCAUGGAAAUGUUUUGGAUAGCUGAAGCAGACUUACUGGAUUAACAAGGCCUGAUGUUUAGAGACUGGGCGGCUGAUAAGGAAUGAUGUGACAUGCUGAAGUAUCGGACUGCUUGAAUGACAAAAUGUUGAUGGAUCACCUGCAUGCCAUGACCUGCAAAAAUUAUUGUUUGUUCUUGAGAUUUGUUUUCCCCCUCUGUCCAAACCAAUUAUUUAUUGUGUACAUAGUUUCCUAUUUAUUUAUUUAAUGAAUAAAACACAGUUCUAACAUUUUUGCAA